UGUUUUAAUUUCACCGUUUUGUGUGUAAGUAAUAAAAGCACAUAAACCUACCGUUAUAAUGACUAAAAAGUGAAAUGUGCCACAGUCCAGAGUAUUGAAAAAUCAGUACUGUUUGCUGUUUGAUUAGAUCUGAAUGAGCAGCGCUCGUGUUGGUACAAUCCCAGUUAACGCUGGUCUCCUUUUGUUGUUGUGUUUUGCAGCCAGUCCUGUAAACCAGGCCCUGCUGAAAAGGCCACCACUGCAGAUUCUCUCCUGUUCUUUAUUUACAUGUUGUCACUGUUUGGUGCCUGUAACUACAGAGGUUUCAGGUGGAAUAUUAAUUAAUGUAAAUUCUGGUGAUAAUCGCUAAUACAUUUCACUGACGACUCUCAAAUUCAGAUUUCUAAUUUUGAAUCUUAGACCUUUUGAUUUGCUAAAUUGAUGCAGUGACAGGUAAGAACCAGAACCAUGCCUUAUGCAGGCAGCAUCCCCUUUAAGUGUCAAUGUCAUGAAGCAUCCCCUUUAAGUGUCAAUGUCAUGCAGCACAUAUUUUGUUUUGGUUUCAUUUUUGACAACUCCCUAAAUUUCUCUUUUGUGUGUAUCUCGAUUUUUCUCUGUGUGCUUUUUAGUAGCCAAGCCGCCCACGUGAGUCGCUUGUUUGAGUCUAAAAUUGAGGGCACACCCAACUGGAGAAGCAGCUGUGCUUGCUAACGUUUGGUUCAUGACUUAAAAAACACGUUCAGGUUCCAUCCCAGAUGAGAGCAAAGCUUUGGCACUGCUGGCACCAGCCAAUGCUGUUGCAGGAAUCCUGCCUGGAGGAGGACUUCUUCCCACUCCCAACCCCCUCCCCAACCCGUUGGGUGCGAAUCCUUUCGGCGCUCCAAACAUGGACGCUCUGGCUGCUUUUGGAUUUCCUGGAGCCAACAUGAACCCACAGGCGGCGGACCAGUUACUGAAAUUCAUGACAGAUCCAAAGCUGAACCCACUGGCGGUCGGUUUGAACCUGAGUGCGAGCUUAAAGGCUGAUGCAUCAAAUAAAGAAAUAGAAGUUGCCAUGAAGAGAGUCCGAGAGGCUCAGUCCCUCAUCUCUGCUGCCAUUGAACCUGGAAGCAAAGACAGCAAACGGCGUCACUCUCGCUCACGGUCCAGAUCCAGAAGGAGAAGGACCAGAUCUCGUUCACGACACAGACGCACGAGGAGCAGAUCAAGGCGACGGUCGGGCUCUCGAAGCCGGAGACGAUCCAAGAGUCCUCGACGGAGACGCAGCCGCUCCAGAGACCGGAAACGCUCCCGCAGCAGAGAGAGAAAAAAGGAUGAAGGAAGGAAACGAUCCAGGACCCCUCCCAAAAGCUACAGCACAGCAAGAAGAUCACGCAGCGCCAGCAGGAGGCGGAGAAGAAGUCGCAGUGGAAGCCGGUCUCCCAGAAAGUCUCCUAAGAGGUCUCCAUCAAGGUCUCCCUCUCCUCGAAGACAUAAGAAAGAAAAGAAGCGUGAUAAGGAGAGAGACCGUGAGCGCAGGAGUGACAAAGACCGUAACCGUGACGACCGCGAGCACACCAGCAGCAAGAAGAAGAGGAGCAAAGACAAGGACCGAGACCAGGAGAGGAAGCUCGAUGGGGAGAAGGACGUCAAGGUCACCAGAGACUACGAUGAAGAGGAGCAAGGCUACGACAGUGAGAAGGAGCGAAUGGAGAGGAAGGGCUCGGAGGAUUCCAUGUCUCCUCGCUCCGAAGACAACGGCACGCGGCUGGUGAAAGGGGUGAAAGUGAACGGUUCAGACGACCAUCACGAGGAGGACAUGGACGUGAGCGAUUAGAGCCGUCCUUACUGUAACGCCAAUGUGUAGUCAGUCUGAAAAAUGUGAUUGGUUCCAGCUGUUUCUCACAACUGUCAUCUCUUCUACAAAAUAUAAUGCACAUUUUAAGUUAUUUUUUUGCCAUGGUUUGUCAUGUUGCUUUUUAAUAGCUGUGGUUACAAACUGCCUUCACUCUGCUUGCGUCCGCUUCGUCCUCUUCAUAUGUGAUUCAUUUAAACUGUGUGAACCUCCUCU